CACUUCUUCCACCUCCCCAUCCAGCAAAUUAGAGUUUGCACCUGUCGGAUUUUCUCUCUCCUUUCUCUCAACCUAUCAAAAUUAUAACAGCCAUCACCAACGGCUUCAACCCCCUGCCAGUGGCAUCAUUUUUCUUAGCUACUUUCUUCUUCUUCAUCCAAUCCAACCCCAAAACUGCUGCUCGGUCGAAGAACGUAUUCAAACCCGAGAGCUUUUUAGAGCCUCUCGAUACAUAUCUAUAUCUAUAUCUAUAUCUAUAUUUCAUGCAGAAGAAGCUUCGUGUUAUCGACCAUGUCGUACCCACAUUACCGAUCCCAAUUCGGAGAUACCACUUUCACUAAAGUGUUCGUCGGUGGGCUAGCUUGGGAGACGCCCACCGACGAAAUGAGGAGAUAUUUUGAGCAAUUUGGCGACAUUCUUGAAGCUGUGAUUAUCACCGAUAAGAACACCUCCAAAUCUAAAGGAUACGGCUUUGUAACGUUUCGAGACGCUGAAUCUGCGAGAAGAGCUUGUGCUAAUCCAAACCCGAUGAUCGAUGGGAGACGAGCUAAUUGUAACAUUGCUGCAAUGGGUCGGCCUCGGCCUUCGCCUCCACGAGGACGAGGGCAGGGUGGCGUAAACCCCUAUCAAGGAAGUACAAUGCAGGCAGCACCAUCUUAUAGCGGAGUCCCGCCGCCGUUAAACCAGCCACCGCUUCCUCCGCUGCCCCCUGUCGUUUAUUCACCAUACGGAUACCCAACAUACACUCCUGAUUAUGGCUACCACCACCAGCACUACCAGCACCACCAACAACCACUGUACAACCCAUAUUUCUAUGGCUAUUCAUUACAAUCCCCCAGAGGAGCAUUUCCCAGUCCUUCGCAGUCGCAUCAGCCCCGUGUACCAGUUCCUCCUUAUGUGUACUAUCCUCCUCCCGCCGCCGCCGCCGCCGCUCAGUUUGAAGGCUCCUUCAGCUAUCCUCCUCCUCCUCCUCUGAUACGACACCGUUUUGCCUCCACAGGUACGAAUUUCUAUCUCUUUUUAUAAUUUUUGGAAUUAUAUAUGAACAAUAAAAAAGACAUCUGACAGGAACAGACAAACAGAUAAAUAGAUUAUUAUUAUUAUUAUUAUUAA